CGCCUGUUCACAAGCAGCCCGCCGCCGCCCUCCUCUGCUUGGUUGCCGCGGUAACUUAUCGGUAUGACGUAGGAAGGUACGGACUAUAAAGAAAACUUUUCUCAAUGAACGUAACGUUAGUGAGCAAUCGUAACGGUAGCAGUGCUUGCAUCAUGAGGCGGAUCAUCAUUGGUAUAGGCGGCGUUACAAAUGGUGGCAAGACGACUUUAACGAAGAGGCUGACUGGAGUCCUGCCUAAUUGCUGUGUCAUCCAUCAGGAUGACUUUUACAAGCCACCUGAUCAGAUAGAAGUUGGGGAAGAUGGCUUUAAACAAUGGGAUGUGAUCACAUCAAUAGAUAUGGAAGCAAUGGUGGACACCGUAACAGCCUGGGUUGAGAAUCCUGUGAAGUUUGCUCAUUCACAUGGAAUCCCCUCCACUGAGUCAGAUGAAAAUGUUCAGAUACUGAUCUUGGAGGGAUUCUUGCUUUACAACCACAAGCAACUGGCAAAAAUGUGCACAGAGCGGUACUACUUAACCAUUCCAUAUGAUGAGUGCAAGAGGAGGCGCAGUGGCCGUAACUACACUGUGCCAGACCCACCAGGAUUAUUUGAUUGUCAUGUAUGGCCAAUGUAUCUCAAGCACAGACAGGAGAUGGAAGAAAGUGAUGUGAAAGUAGUGUCUCUAGAUGGUCUUCUGUCAAAAGAUGCAAUAUUUAACUACGUCUACACUGAUAUUGAGAACAACAUUUUAAACUCUUCCUAGUGCUUGAAGAUGCAAGUGUGAAUACUUCUACCAGUUCUGAUACAAACCUGGACUGAGUGAAUUGUGCCGUCAAGGACUACUCUGUAUAUAAUUUUAUUUGAAAAUGCAAACUUUCUUAGGAAACAAUUUUUUUUUUAUUUGUGUUAUUUUAUACCUACCAGGACUAUUUCCAGGAUCAUGGAUUAUAAUAAAAAUAAAAUCCAGACUUGUUUUGUU